AUGGCCAACACAAGCGGCACUUGGACGAUCAAGCCGAACCAGCAACAGUUGCAAAAUCGAAAAUGUGAAAGCUUUUUAGACGUCGUCUUCUCUUGGUCUUUGUCGGAUAUACUGAACAAAGAUCUCUACAAGUUGCAGGUGAAAGAAAUUCCGUUGACGUUUUCAUCUACAAAUGACUAUGUGAAUUCAUUCAUCUUUCCGCUUCUCGAGGAAACACAUGCAGAUUUGCUAUCCCAACUUGCUGGAAUCUCUCAGGCACCGGCAAGUUGUAUUUCUGUUCUGCAAAGAAUACCAACGGAAAAGGAGACAGAAUUUUUUUAUCGCAUGGUCUUAACUGGGAUGGAUUAUGAGCCACAAGUUGGAGAUCUUAUUGCCUUGACACAAGUUAAACCCAAAUGCAUCGAUGAUCUUGAUCGACCAAACAGCCGUUUUCUCAUUGCUUAUGUGACUGAGUUAGACGACCAACAUUACCCAGUGAAUAUAUAUAUUUUCUCAUCAGACCUUAUCGAACUCAAUGAAGUUGAGACACAGAACCCAUCAAAGGCUUUUUCUGUUCAUCUGACGAACUUGACUACAAAUAUGCGUAUAUGGAGAGCUCUUAAUUGGAAGGGUAACAUGAGUAUCAUUGAAAGAACAUUGUCGUCGAGUUCCCCUGUGGCUACAAACUGUAAGGAGUCAUAUUGUGAAGGAAGAAACGAGGUUAUUGACUCAGAACUAAGACCAGCAUUUGAUUCAUUUAAUCUUGAUAGCUCACAAGGAGAAGCUGUGUUAAGUUGUCUUGCUACUAAUAGAUGUUGGCAUCAAAAGUGUAUCAAAUUGAUUUGGGGUCCUCCAGGGACUGGAAAGACAAAGACUAUGGCUUCAUUAUUGUUCAUGUUGUUAAGGACGAAACAAAGAACGCUUACUUGUGCUCCCACAAAUGUUGCGGUGGUAGGAGUUGCAGAGAGGGUAUUGAGUAUAGUACGCGAUCAUGAUCUGGGAUGCCAUACUUAUGGAUUUGGAGACAUAGUUUUAUUUGGUAACGAAAAAAGAAUGAAGAUUCAUGAUGAUCAUCGAAAGCUUCUUGAUGUGUUUCUUGACAACAGAAUCAGAGCUCUUUCUAGCAGUUUAUCGCAAUGGAAAUUUCGCGUGAAUGGUAUGAUUAAGUUUCUUGAAGAUCCCAUGAACGAAUACCACCGUUUGAUUGUUUCUCCAAAAUUGAAUAUAAUCAAGACUAAAACCAAGAAGAAAAAGGAGAGAAAACCCCACGAGAAUAGUGAAGAAAAGCAAUUAACUUUUGAAGAGUUUGCCAUGAAAAGGUUUACUGUUUUUGGAAAGGAUCUUAUUUCUUGUAUCAGAAGCUUAUAUACUCAUUUGCCUACUUCAACCGUUUCACUUGCUUACGCAAAAAAAAUGUAUCAUUCAAUCGAUUUGAUUCAGAUGGUUGUGGAGUCUGUGAAGGAGAUUGUAACUAAUAACAAAAGCUUAAAUGAAGCCUUCAAUGAAACAGCUGCUUCAAGCGUUGGUGAACUGCAUUUUAUCAAGUUAAGAUUAUGUAAAGCUGAAUGCCUUCUUGCACUCAAAGAGCUUCGCGAUGCAUCUGUCAUUCCGAAACCUAUGAACAUAUUUAAACUUAAAAGAUUUUGUUUGAAUAGUGCUUGUUUGAUCUUCUGCACUGCGUCAAGCUCUAUCAAAUUGAGUAUGAACAAAAUGAUGCCUAUAGAAUUGGUUUUGAUCGAUGAAGCUGCACAACUUAAAGAAUGUGAAUCCCUAAUCCCUUUGCGGCUUCCAGGUGUUCAAAAUGCUGUGCUUGUUGGGGACGAAAGGCAGCUUCCAUCUAUGGUUCAAAGCAAGAUUUGCGAAGAGGCUAAUUUUGGAAGGAGCUUAUUCGAAAGACUAGUGUUAUUGGGACAUGAAAAACACCUACUAAACGUUCAGUACAGGAUGGAUCCAUCAAUUAGCCAGUUUCCCAAUGCUGAGUUUUACGACAGUAAAAUAUUGGAUGGUCCUAAUGUCACUAAUAAAGGUCGUGAAAAGCAUUUAUUGCGACACAGUAUGUAUGGAUCAUACUUGUUCAUCGAUGUAGAUUCUGCAAAAGAGGAACUCGACAAUAACCAUAGCACUAGAAACAUGGUGGAAGUCUCAGUGAUAGAUGAGAUUGUUGCAAAUCUUUUCAAUGAAUGUGUUGCGAAGAAACAAAAGGUUACAGUUGGCUGCAUUUCUCCAUACAAGGCUCAGGUCAAUGCGAUUCAAGUAAAACUUGGCAAGAAGUAUAAUCGACAGGUGAAUGGUUCAACUUUUACUGUGAAUGUAAGAUCUGUUGAUGGGUUUCAAGGUAGCGAAGAAGAUGUCAUAAUAUUCUCGACAGUAAGAUGUAACUGGAAAGGAAGUGUCGGGUUUCUUUCCAAUCGUCAAAGGGCAAAUGUAGCCUUAACCAGAGCUAGACAUUGCUUGUGGAUUGUGGGAAAUAAAGAAACCAUGAUCAAGAGUGGUUCAGUAUGGACGACUUUAGUUUCCGAUGCCGAAGACCGUGGUUGCGUCUAUAGUGCUAGCGAAAACAAGAACUUGGCUCAAGCCAUGGUGCAAACCAUGGUUGAGUUAGCCCAGUUUGGCCCAUUGUUAAAAAAAGAUUCAAUACUUUUUAAAGAUGCAAAAUGGAAGGUGGACUUCACCAACACAUUUUUGGAAAGAUUGGCUAGUAUUGAGAGCCUUCAUGUUCGUAAGCAAGUUAUAUCACUUCUCGUUAAGCUCUCUAAUGGUUGGCGCCAACUCCAGAAAACCAAUAAGAACACUUUUAGCAACACACGGGGAAUUUGUGACAUGUUAGAGGCAUAUAAUCUCGAUGGGCGUUUGUAUCUUGUUUGGAGUGUAGACAUUGUCUAUGAGAACUCACUUUGUGCUCAGGUUUUAAAGAUUUGGGAUAUUUUGCCGUUGUCUCAGAUACAACAAUGUGCAAAAAGUUUGGAGCAGGUUUUUGGAAAUUAUACAUUGGAUAUGAUCAAACGUUGUCAAACAAAAUGUUCUGGAAGAAAUCAAGCUUUACCGAUGACUUGGCCCGAGGAUUUGAGAAAUCAUCUGAGUAGGGAUUUAGCAAGUCAAUUCGACAAACUGAGUUUAAGUGGUGAAACUUUACCUAGUUGGCGUAGAAGUGUGAGAGCUCAAGGUCAAUGGAUGGAAGUAAAGAGAUGA